AGGUCACUCUGACUUCUACCUAGUAACUGACCAGUAUGAGAGUACAAAAAAUAAAAAGUGUUUUCUACUGUGGUUUUUCAUAAAGUUAAUUUUUUGGGACUUUUAAUUGUGCAGUGCAGUUUUUCGAUAUAUAUUCAAUUUCAUUUGGAUUAAAAUUAGAAUACAGGAAGAGAUUAGAUGCCAGAAUUCUAUGUUAAUUUUUUGUGACGAUAUUUGCAAAAAAAAACCCACCUAUAUUCAUCAUUUCAAAAAUUGGAAUUUGUUUUUACUUAUGUGUAAAAUAUAACAUAUGUUUCUAUCACAGCUGACAUCCAAGGAAAGUGACAAGUGUGCCUAUGAAAAAAUAAUUGUUUAAAAAAAUUUAUUAAUUUUGAAAUUUAGUUGAAAAAAUAGUGAUCUGGAAUUUUGAUAUCUUGAUUAAUGAGUUUGAGGAAAAUGCCAUGAAACUUUGGAAAAUAAUAAAUGUCAAAUUUUUCUUCAGUUGUCGGAUUACAAAUAUUUCUAUGUAAUUAUUCAAAGUGCUUGGAUUUUAUUGUGGAUAUUGCACAAUAUGAUUCAAAUGUGAAGGCAAGCUGAAUGUCAGUUGCACAAAAAAUAUAGCAAAGAUAGUUUAAAAAAGUUUCAAUAAAUUAGUCCUGCAUCAUUAUGGAGUUUGAUGAUUUGUUUUUGACAGCCGAACAUUCACAGUGUUCCCAACAGACAUUAGAAUCGUGUAUCAGCAGUUUCCCAUUUGAGGAUUAUACAACACCCAUCAAUGCAGAUCACUCACCGUACAGCUUAGAACCUCAGAAUGGCAGCUAUGUCGGAUCUCACUCAGCUUAUGAACAUUAUUUAUUUGCUCAAAAGUCUGGUUAUAUGUUGCCUAGCAACCAGCAACUCAAAAGUCCAAUGUUUGACUCUCAGGGAAUGUAUGAGAUGCAGAGUCCAGCGACCAUGUCCGACCCAAGCAUGUCCCCCUCACCCCCACCCCCACCUAGAAUCUACAAGCCAUGUGUGGUAUGCUGUGAUAAGUCAUCAGGCUAUCAUUAUGGAGUUAGUUCCUGUGAAGGAUGCAAGGGCUUUUUUAGAAGAAGUGUUCAGAAAAAUAUGCAAUAUACCUGCCAUAAAGACAAAAACUGUGUAAUUAAUAAAGUGACAAGAAAUAGGUGCCAGUAUUGUCGACUACAAAAAUGUUUUGCCACAGGGAUGUCGAAAGAAGGUAUGGAAGAACGAGCUGUAAGAAAUGACAGGAAUAAAAAGAAAGUGAAGCGACCAGAAGAAUUUACCCAGUCUGAAGAGCUGACGGAUGAUGAACAGCUCAUGUUACAAGAGAUACUGGAUGCCCAUAAUGACACAUUCCAUAAACAGUCAGAGACUUCAUUGUCUAGGGUACCAGUAAUCAAGACAAAUGGUGUGGAUGCUGAAAAAGCUGAAGACAAAGAAGGAGAAGAGAAAGGGAAGAUAGAAAAGAUUAUGUUAUGGGAAAAAGUAACCGAGCUGUCUUCAAAAGGAAUUAUAAAAAUCGUAGAAUUCGCAAAAAGGAUACCAGGUUUUGCAACGUUAUCUACCUCAGAUCAAAUCACGUUACUUAAGGCAGCAUGUUUGGAAAUCAUGAUUUUACGUCUUAGUUCUAGAUAUGAUGUUGACAAGGAUGUUUUGUGUUUUAAUGAUGGAAUAACAUUAGAUCGUCAACAGUUACGUAAUGGCGGAUUCGGUUCGCUCACUGACACUAUAUUUACAUUUGCAUCUUCCCUUAAAUCCAUGGAAACGGAUAGUUUAGAAUAUGCAGCUCUAUCUGCUGUGUGUUUAGUUAGUAAUGAUCGCUCAGGUUUAGAAGAUCCACUCAAAAUAGAACAUUUACAAGAACCUAUAUUAGAAGCAUUAAAACAUUAUAUCCGACAACGGCGGAAAGAAUCACCUCAUGUGUUUGCUAAAAUGAUAAUGAAAUUAACUGAUCUCAGGUCUAUAAGUGUGAAAGGUGCUGAAAGAGUAUUACAUUUACGUCUGGAAAUGCCUGAUGAACUUCCGCCAUUAAUAAUAGAAAUGUUAGAUAGAACUGAAAAUGUUUGUAUACCAUGACGUAAUCAAAAUUCUGCUGUUUUGUGUUAGAGCGUAUCUUCCAAGGAAUUCUGGGUAAUCUUUCAGUUGUUGGAUUUAUUGUAACAGAUAUUGGUAAAAAUCGUGAGAUGGAUUUUUCGUUUACUUCAUGGUAUAUCUGAGCAAAGUGAAAAUUAUGUUCACAGAUUAUGUUUUACAUCUGUGAAUUGAUGACUUAGGAAGAAUUGACGAUUGUUGUCAUCGUAAUUAUUUGAAUGACAGAUUCUUCCCGACAUUAGAAUCGUAACAUUUGAAUCUGUUUCAGGAAGGGAAAAAAUCUCCAGCUUUUUACUUCCUCGUUGCAGAGAGAUUAUUUAUCCCAGAUUACUAUUACAAUCAUUAUUAUACAUUCAUAUUGACUGUGUAUGAUAGCAUUUGGAUGCAAAUGAUUUUUCAUGUGUAAAAUAUGAACCAUAUUCAUAUAUGAUUUUUUUUAAAGAUAAAAAAAAAGAAUAAACUAUUUGUCAGAUUUACAAAAUAUGUGCUCACUCAUAAGUAAUUUGAAAAGUUAUCUAUGAAAAUCUCAGGUUUAUUUUUCAUAUCACAGACAUUGCUGUAUUCAGAUUUUGAAAUUAGGAAUUUUUGUUUUUACUUAUAUUUUUUUUGCAGAAUUGAAAAGGUACAAUAUUAAAAAUAAUUUACAAUUAAAUACUGGAACUUUUAGUGAAAUUAAAAUUUUUGUUUUCCAUUCAAAACAUUUUUUUUUGGCUUUCAUUUUUUUAUGAUUUUGUGGACAAAGGUUAAACAUGGAUUAAAAUGUUCAAGGAAAUCCCCAUUUCUAUAGGCCAGUAUCGAGAAUGUUUAAACCAUGAAAUCAUGUGUCCACAAAAAUAUAUUAUUCCUCAAUCCACAAAAAUGGGUACCCACGAAAUAAAUAAAAAUGGUCUAAUAAGAAUUUGUACUUGUAGAAAGAGACAGGUUCAAUCACUGUAUUUAAUAAUCUUGUGUCUAUUGAUUGUUUUAUGUGCAAAUCUAAGGAAUAUCUGUGAUAUUUAUGAUAUUUAGAGAACAAGUUUUAUUUGAUUGAUUUAUUAAGAUUGAAUUUUACCAACAAAGGGAGAUAAUGUAUUCUAUGUCAACACAAUGUUUUUAUAACAGUUAAGUUAAUGUUAAGCUUCCUAUUGAAUAUGACUGCUAUUUUCUGCAACAAAAUCUUCCUUUUUAUCUGAUAUAUGUUUGUAAUUUUGUGACUCAAUUUCAAGAAGAUGAAAAUAUGUACAAUUAAAACGUAUAUUUUUCAAUAGUAAAUGUUAAAAAAAAUCUGUAUGGUACCCCUUUGAUAUGUUUUUUUGACUAAUGUGCCAUUAAAGACUGUUUUUUUCAAACAUUUAAAAACGUCUUAUGUGAAAUGUGGUUAAUUUUUUCAACAAUAACAGAAAAUAUUGACAAAAAGUGGUGUUUCGUAGCAAAUUUUUUCUUACUUAAUUUCAGGGAACUAUCUACACACUCAGAAAAAUUAGUUAUAAUGUGUAUAUUUUUUACUUAAAUUCAAAGUACUAUCUUUACAGUAAAUUUAUUUAGCUCUAAUGUGUGAUUUUUUUUGUGCUGUCAACUAUGUACUAAAAGUUUUAAAUGUGAAAGUUGGAGUUGUUGAUAUAAGAACUAUGUACUAAAAGUAUUAAAAUGUGACAGUUUAGUUGGUGAUAUUGAGACUUUUGUCUUGUGGUGACAUUUGGUUUGGAUGUAUUUUUUAUGACUUUAUUUUAUUACAGAAUGGAACCUCCUUUUAAAAUAGCUACAAUUAGUUUUGAAAAGAAAUGUGUACACACUUAUUUAGUAUUUCAGUGCAUGUGAAAAGUUUAAUAACUACAAAAAGUUUUAAAAUAUUUAUUAUUAACUUUAAAGCUUCGAUAAAUACAUCCUAUAAAAGGGAAAAAAUGUCAAAAUUUUGCAUUUUUAUGUUUAAUAAAAACAUCAAAAAUUUCUUAUUUCCAGUUGUCUGUUUUGCGCAAUCACAAUUUUUGGAGCAUUCUUGUUUAGUCUGCAUGUUGAUAGUAUCUAUUACACUCUACCUUACAACAAAAACAUUACUUAUAUUAUCACAUAGCAUUGAAAACUGUUUAAGGAUCUUUGUAAGAGCUUAUUUAAGUAUUUCAAAUUAUGCUUUGAAAGUCUUCCUUUCAGAUAAAUGUUUUCUUCAAUUUAAGUCAUAUCUAUUAAUCUUAUUUAUUGCAUUUACAACAUAUAACACCAUUUUGAAAAAGAAAACAUUUUUGUUGCAAGAUGAACACAAAAUUAAUUUAAUGUGUAUGCUUGAUAAAUAAAUUUCUAGAACUUUUACAUACUUGUGAAUAAUAUAGAUCAGUUUGAAUCCAAGGCAAGUUCAUAAAAGAAAAAAAGAUAGCAUUUGAUCAUUGAAUCUUUUAAGAAUAUUGUUAUCUCUAAUAUACUGGGGCAAUCUGUGAAAUUCUUACAAUGCAUUCAUUUAUAUUUUCCAGAAUGAAUUUAUAGAAUAUAUGAUGGUUUUAAAUACUCUAUUGUAUGAGCUAGUUUUAUUUAUGUCUGUUGGUUGUGUAUAUAUAUUAUAUAUUAAGUCUACAACUACCUCAUGGAAUAAA